UGCGGCGGCGGGCUCAUGGCGCCGGGGGCGCGGCCACUGCUGCUGUUGGCGGUCUGGACGCUGGCGGCGCCGGUGCUGCGCGGCGCCGGGGACACGGGCGACGGAGGGUGGCAGAGGCGCGGGCCCGGGGCCCCGGCCGCCGUGGCGGAGGAAGAGCGCUGCGCCGUGGAGCGCCGGGCGGACCUCAGCUACGCCGAGUUCGUGCAGCAGUACGUGCAGCCCCCACACCCGCCUCCCGCCCCGGCCCCUCCGCCCGGCCCCCGCGCCCCUCCCCCGAGCCGGUGCGACCCGCUGCGGCCCCGCCCCUCCAGGUACGCCUUCUCCAGGCCCGUCAUCCUGCAGCGGCUCACGGACAACUCGCGCUUCCGGGCCCUGUGCUCCCGAGAACGGCUGCUGGCCUCGUUCGGGGACAGCGUGGUCCGGCUGAGCACCGCCAAUACCUAUUCCUACCGGAAAGUGGACCUGCCCUUCCAGGACUACGUGGAGCACCUACUGCACCCCCAAGACCCUAGCUCCCUGGGCAACGACACCUUGUACUUCUUCGGGGACAACGAUUUCAGCGAAUGGGCCUCACUCUUCCAGCACUACUCCCCGCCUCCGUUUAGUCUGCUAGGUACCACUGCUGCCUACAGCUUUGGAAUCGCAGGAGCUGGUUCUGGGGUGCCCUUCCACUGGCACGGGCCCGGGUUCUCAGAGGUGAUCUACGGCCGCAAGCGCUGGUUCCUGUAUCCCCCUGAGAAGACACCUGAGUUCCACCCCAACAAAACCACACUGGCCUGGCUUCAGGACGUGUACCCAACCCUGGCACCAUCUGAGAGGCCCCUGGAGUGCACCGUGCAGGCUGGUGAGGUGCUGUAUUUCCCUGACCGGUGGUGGCAUGCUACGCUCAACCUGGACACCAGUGUUUUUAUCUCUACUUUCCUCGGCUAGGUAGAGUGGGCGGCUGGUGAUGCCACUAGGCGUGAUGCACGGCUCCCGCAUAAGCUCGAAGCUGAUCUUGCCACACAGGUAGUCCGGGAUGUCUCGCUUCUGUGGCACAUGGAGUCAGGUCAGGCACCAGGAUGGGGACCCGGCUCCGAUUCCUGCUACCCAGAGGACAGACAGCUUACCUUUCUCUUCUCGUCCACCUGGGAGAAAAGCUCAUCCAUGUCUGCUAAGUACUUGUCCUGCGGAGAACCAAGCAGCUACGCGUGGGCCAAAUGCCCCUUCCCCCUCCCCCGGGCACCCUCCAGUCACAGGCACGCAAACACGCACACAUCCACACGUGGGCUGGGGCACCCUCACGUGCUUGGCCUCGAUGCAGGCCUGCUGGGCCCGGACGUGGCCAUCAUCCUCAUCACCCUCGUGGUUCCGCUGGCAUUCUUCUAGCUCCCUGGGGGUCGACCAGGAGCUAGUCAGGAAUGGGUCUGGCCAGAAGAGAUCACACUCCACCCCAACCUCAGGCUUGUUCAGGUCUCUCUUCCCUCCAACUGCUCGCCAGUGCUGGCCUUCAAUAAACACUUGUGUUCUUGACUCAGUUAA